AGCCCACCCGUUCGUUCUCAAGUGCUCCACUGCUUGUGCUCCUCUCCCCUGUGAGGUGUGUGAUGACCACUCUACAAACCCUGCCUGCGCCCACUCCAGCUUUGUUCUGCUACUGCUGCCGCCGCUGCUGCUGAGUUGCUUAUUCCCAUCCCAUCCCAAUAUUAUCUGGGUCUCCGUACAAGAGGGCACACCACAGCCGAGCGGUGAGAAGAUACGGAUACAUUUGAUCACCUCUUUCCACCCCCCAGUCGCACUCAAAUACAGCCCAGCCUCCCGUGUCCAGGGCGCCGCCUUCCCCUCCUGCGUCCUGCACCCUGCGUCCCGAGUCCUGUACCCGUACCGUGUUUUGAGUUCUGAGCGUCGUCCCCGUGCAAACAAGGGCGAGACGCCCGCCGACCUUUGCCGCCCUGCAACCUUCAAAAGCCUCUCAGCUCCUCGUCAACCUUGCCCCGAGGAGAGGCCAUUUUACCUGCCUGAUCCCUUGGAACCUGCCUCAUUCUUCACCCACCAUUAUUGUUCCUCUCCUGUUUCCUCUUCUGCCUCGUGCUGCUGCUCUGUGACGGCGUUGAGAUAUGCGAUGCUCAUUCGACCUGGACUGUAUAUCACCACCACUCUGCCAGCGGCCACAGCGACAUCGCCAGUGAAUCCAUCAACCCGACAAGGGCAUCCUUGGUGGCCCAUUGAGUGCUCUAGCCGGGUGAGGCGACCUGGGUUGAAAGAAGGACGUCCCCAAAGCCGCCGACACUGACUGACCACAGUGGCUCGCCCUCCUUACUCAUUCACAACAACCAUGACAAACUGGUCUCCGUUCUUGUCGUCGGACGGAAUGGACGCUUGGUUUUCAGGAUCCUGGCCGGACCAGCAAGUGCAGACGAAUUCACUUGCACCACAUCCCGGUCUGCAAUCCAGCCAUCCCUUCCUACCGCCUCUGCUCAACUCCCUCUCUGCCUUCCACUCGACCCUGGGCUCGCCGACUCACAGAUUGGGUCGCCUCACAAGUCUCGGCCGCACUGCUGCAGCUUCUCCAGCAUACAGGACUGCCCCAGGCAUCGGCGGUCAGUCGCCCUUCACAGCAGCCCAGGCAGUGUCGACGUCAUCCCAACUAGCCCGCCGCCGCCGCCGUGACGGACCAUCGCUGGCCCUCUCACAUAAUCCCAGCACGGACCCCUACCGUCCUUUUCGCCCGACCGACUUCGUCCCGAAUACAGCCGCAGCAACAACAUCAACAACACAUUCGUCAGCAGCAACAACAGCCAACUCUAGCCAAACCUCGGGUCAACAACAUAAUCACCUGCCCCUCUUCCCCCAACCCUCAGCCAGUACCGCCCCCCAAACCCUCCACAACCUCCUCACCUCGCCACUCGACGACUUCGACUUCCUCAACCACAACCCUCGCCCGCUUCACCAUCGCGACCCGAACAGCGACGACCUCCUCGAAGCUCUCGCCACCGGCGACUUGUCUUCGCCUUCCUUGCCACCCCGCAGUCCUCAAAGUCCACACCAACCCCCUUCUCGCCUCCAGUUCUUCGACGACAACCCGCCCCCUCGACAGGAAUCCGAUUCGCGCCCUUUCAUCACAGCAGCCCACCAACUGCCCGACCCCGUGACUGGGCUGUACAAGUUGGAGGACCAGGGGGACGGUGACGACGAUUUAGAGGACGACAAUACCCUAGAUUCACCGCAGUCCGACAUGCCUCCUACCAGAAAGCGCGCUCGUGCCGCCGUGGCCGCCUCGCCCAACGAGCACGACGUCGGCCCGUCUGCCCCCAAGCGGCCCCGUACCUAUGUUUCCCAGAGGGCGGCCACGCCUGGGCGUUCAAGAAUUACCCCGCGACCUGCAACCUCGAGGAACUAUACCCCCGCGCCCGUCCCAGUUGAGUCUGACGACAACGACCUCGACAGCCUCUUUGGUGGAGAUGGUGACUCGGGCAAAGUGGAGGUUUUUGAUUUGACCAAGUCUGAAGAGGAGAUACCUAAAGAGCUCUUCCAGCCCGUCAAGGACAGCAGCAUCAAGCUGUCUGCGUUUGAGUGCGUCAUUUGUAUGGAUGCCGCCUCCAACCUGACAGUUACUUGUUGUGGCCACAUGUUCUGUGCUCAGUGCCUCCACCAGGCCAUGCACACCGAACUUACUAAGAAGGUCUGCCCGAUGUGCCGCCAGCGCUUGGACAAGCCGGUUUCGAAGUCCAGGCCGCCAGCAAAGGCCUUUUUCCACCUCGAGCUGAAGCUUCGACCCUCUAAGAAGAUGGGAAAACAACCUGCUCGACGUUGAUCCACCGAUCCCCACGACGUAGAGAGGGUCUCGCAAGGGGCAUAGACUGGUUGGUGGCCACGAAGCUGCCUUGACGUGGGCAGUGACAGCCGCAUCGAUGUGGGGUCAAGGAUGGCCUUCGGUAAAUGGAGCAAUAAUGAGAGGAUGUCAACAGAAAGACAUUCUACGCGCCUUUUCUGGUUGAAAAUCCUGGCAUGUGUGUGUACCACAAGCCGGCAGGCCGUACAACGAACGGUUUGCAGCAUUCACGAUGGUUUUGAAACAAAAUACCCAUAUUGCAUUUGCGCGGCGUCUUGCAUGGCUGGUAAAGGGCCUGGAAGGGGGGCGGCGGCGGCGGUCACAGGAUCGACAAUUACGGGUUUGUCACUCUACUGGUACAUAGGUAAAUACCCGAUGCGAGCUUCCUUUUCUCCCUUCAUGUUGCUUUCCGCCGAGAAAGCCGAGGGCAGGAAGCCUCGACAAGCAACACAUGGAAACAAAGACAUAAUGCCAUGGUUUAUUUCUUGCA